AUGAUUCCACGAGGGUUGACCUUUAUCGAGAGCCGUGCUCCACGAGCUGCCGGACUUUCAGAAAAAGCUCUGGAUGAGCAUAAAGAGUUGAUUGGUGAUCUGUACUUGAGUCAAAACCUUAGUCGUGGCCAAGUGAUUCAGCAUCUCAAAGCAAAUCGGGGCUUCAGCAUAUCCCCGGACCAGUUCUCAAAAGCGACAAGACGUUGGGGAUUUCAGAAGCAGCGUCGCGGAGGCAGCUCUACCCAAACAUCAGUAAACGAGCCAGCUAUUCAAUGCAUGAUGCGCGACACUGCCAGAAACGAGCUAUCCAGUACGGCCAAUAUAGACGACAUGGGGGACCAAGAACCGAUACUCACAAAUGAGUCGAGCAAACGCCCAAGAAGUGUUGCAAGCUCCAUCAAUCACAAAAGCGAUACCACGACUCAUGGCUCCUCCUCACCUCUUCCUCACCGCCCGGUGAAGCGAUCGAAACCCAGAAGCGAGUCAGACGACACACCCGCUGGAAGCCUGUCACACACACAGUUGGAUUUCGCUACUGACAAUGACCUCGUUUCAACGCCAUCAACUGAAGAGGGAAGUACUGAAUCAAGCUCAAGGUAUCAGUACAAGUACGAUGGCGAGCUAUCGGCAAACUACUUAGCUUGUUGCUACCGUUACACCAAAGCAUUCUGUUGCUAUUAUAACAUCUCGAUACCAUUUCAAUGCCAGACCUCAUCGCCCAGACAGCGACGCGACAGAAUUCUCGAUAUGGCAAGAACUGCCAAGACGCGGAGAACCUCUGAGAUCGUGAGGGUGAUGAUGGAGUCUGAGCUCAAGAUGAGUAAUGAUCCUCUGUCUGAAGAUGGGUCGAAUAAAUAUCCCCCAGGCGAGGCUAAGAUGUGCCCCAUACAAUCAUUCUUAUUCCAUCGUCACCUUGCGGAGAUCUACGUACAUCGAAGCGACGGCGCCAGCCUGGUACAGAAGCAUCUAGAUAAAGCCAGAGGCUUCACAAAGGCCUUCGACACACUUGCUCCACCAUCGAUAGACCUUUGGACAUUGCUUCGUCUUCUUCCAAGAUAUAAGGAUACCAACAUUCCAGGAGACUUGCUCAAUUCACUCAAAUGGGAUGAGAAGUCGCUGGCCUUGGAUAUGAGGGAUUGUCUUAAGCGUUGCUUGGAAGCACUAUCCCAACCCGAGUCUUUGCCGAUGGACGUACAACACUAUGAUGCAGGACAGCACGAAAAGAUGGAGCCCACUAAGAUGAGCCACUUGGCUCUUCAAAACAACCCUCUUCAUAUCUGGAUUAAGACCAGCUUUCUAUUCACAUUCUUCUGGAAGCAUAUAUAUGGUAGAGCGUCUCCUAUUUGGGGACAUCCUACGAUAUCCGCCACGCAAUUCCUGAUGAUUGUGAGCAGGAUGAUCGUCCGGCGGUCAUUACUUAUCUUCAAAUACAACAGGUGGUCGCUAGACUCAGAAAAGAGGCUAUUAGAACUUCGGGCCUCGGAUCAGCUGGUUUAUCGUGGUGUCGUGCUGGAGCUCUUUCAAGAACGCCUAUUACCACCAAAUCAAAUCAAAAGAGAAUUCGCUACAGAAUUUGUUGAACACUACUCAUGGUAUCCACCAGUGGCUCGCAAGAGUGCCCUCAUUCAGCAAGUUCGAACUUACCAGUUGGAAGCUCUUGAAUCGGUCCUGAUCACGAGAAGAGACAGCCGCCCGACAACGCCAACUUUUACAAAGCUGAGAGAGGUCACGGAUGUGAGGGCUGAGGGCAGUGAGAUGCGAUGUUUAUCAGCGGACAAUGAGUUUCUGAGUUGGUUAGUCGCGCAACAGGAGCAACUAGCCUCUACAAGUCAGAGAGACACCAUCACCUAUGUCAAAGGGGGCCAAUAUACACCAUCAUUCAAUUCUUCCAGUGCUUCGUCUUAUUUGAGGACACCCUCAUCCGCGUAUCAUAUAUACCUCAACGCGCUUAAUGGAAACCCCACCAUCUCCAGAUCGUUGGCAUCUCAGUCGUCACGCUCUUCCCAAGUGUCCGUCUCGAGCUCACUCAAGCGAUUCAAAUCAUCAGCACUCAACAGACGAAACUCGUCGGAGUCGAUGAUGGGGCUGAACCUAUAUGACCCCGGGAGGCAGUUGCAGGACGACUUGUUCGAGGCAGUGCAAGACCUGCAGGUUCGGAGGUACUUCAAAGUAACAAUGGGUCUGUCAACCUUGAUAGAGGAUGACUCACCGAUUCCGGAAGAGGAGGAGUAUACAAGUCAGGAGGGGAAACCAGAGGGAAACGGAAAGUCUACAAUAAGGGGGAGGAUAGGGAGACUGCUAAAAGGCAAAGGCAAAGAUGACUUGAACGAGAGAGAAUGGACAUACAACCCUAACCAUGACUAUAGCAUAAACGACUUGGAGGGAAGCAUCCCUUAUCACCAUCUUGACAAUAGAUCGACAACUUGA